AGUAAGUCAUUCACACGAAUCACGAAACCGAUUUAUAAAUAUCCACUUCAUUUUCCACGCUUCACAACACAACACACCGUUUCUUAAGAUACUCUCUUUCACUUAAAUACACAUCAGAUUCCAAAAAAAAAACAUCAGAUUCGAACGCUAUGGAGCAAAUUCAAGUCGGAGAUUCGAAUUUCUGCGGCGGAGGAAGUACCCGGAGCGACGGGAAUGUUUUGGUCGGAGCAUCGCCGCGACUCGAUACUCUACCGGAAGAUUGCAUCUCUAUGGUAAUCUCUCAUACUACUCCACGCGACGCUUGCGUUGUGGCUUCGGUUUCGAAAACCAUUAAAUCGGCGGCUCAAUCGGAUUUGGUCUGGGAGACGUUUAUUCCGCCGGAGUAUGCAUCUCUUGUUCCUCGAUCGCUGAAUUGCUCGUCGAAGAAGGAGAUGUAUCUCUCUCUCGCUGAUGAUUCCGUUCUGAUCGAUGACGGCAAAAAGAGCUUUUGGGUGGAGAAAUCUAGCGGAAAGAAGUGUUACAUGAUAUCUGCGAUGGAUUUAACAAUCAUAUGGGGAGAUUCUCCUGCUUAUUGGCAGUGGAACACUGUUCCUGAAUCUAAGUUUGAGAAAGUAGCAGAGCUUCGUGAUGUGUGUUGGUUCGAGAUUCGCGGCAAGAUAAGCUGCAGAAUGCUGUCAAAAGGGACACAUUACUCGGUCUACGCAGUGUUCAAGAGAGCAAACAAUAGAUCACACGGUUUCGACCACACGCCCAUUGAAGCUGGAGUCGGUUUUGUAGGAAAAGAAGCUACAAAAACAUUCGUGUUUCUCGAACCUGGAGGCAGGGAUCCACGCGGCGGUUACCGUAACACGGGGGUCUCGCACGCGGCGGUGUCCAGAGCGUUUAGGACGAGGCGUCCAUGGAUGCGGAUGCCGAGGGAGGAAGAGGUUGAAGGAGAGAAGGAGGCUGGUGGGAAUGUUGUGGAGGAGCCUAAGGAGAGAGGAGAUGGGUGGAGUGAAGUGAAGCUUGGCAAGUUUGAGAUUAACGAUGUGGGUUGUGGUGAUGGUGAUGAGAUUGAGUUUACUCUUAUGGAGACUCAGAUGGGACAUUGGAAGAGUGGUUUGGUUUUCCAGGGAAUCGAGAUUAGGCCUGUGAAAGAAGAAAAAGUGGUGACGAAAUGAUCAAACUUGUGUUGUUUGAAAGUAUGAACAGGAGUUUCAUGUCUAGAGUUUGUUUAACAGGUUGAAAGUUUUUGGUAUGAAAAGCAAAAAAGUUGAUAAUUAGCUCUCUCGUGUUACCACUUGUGCGUUUGAUUGCGAAGAACUCAAUAAUAUAUGACAGAAGCUUUUCUUACUAUUUGUGUUACUUUUUUUCUUUGUUUGUUUUUUUGGGUAUUUUUGAGAGAUGUAAAAAAUCU